GGACAGAUGUUCCGGAAAACUGGCAAACUUAUCUCACUGAGUGAGCAGAACCUUGUGGACUGCUCUCAGGCUCAAGGCAAUAAGGGCUGCAAUGGUGGCCGAAUGGAUAAUGCUUUCCAGUAUGUGAAGUCCAACGGGGGCCUGGACUCAGAGGAGUCCUAUCCAUAUCAAGCAACGGUUGGACCCUGCAGAUACAGGCCCGAGGACUCUGUUGCCAAUGACACCGGCUUCGUGGACGUUCCUGGGCAGGAGAGUGCCCUCAUGAAGGCAGUGGCAACCGAGGGGCCCACCUCGGUGGCUAUAGAUGCAAGCCAUCUUAGAUUCCAGUUCUAUGAAGAUGAUUUCAAGUACAGGAAGUUAUCAAACCAGGAUCUCAAUGUGGAAAACCGUCUGCUAUGCACAAAUGACAACGGACUGCCACAAACCGUGAGUCGGGGGUUUUGAGUUCUCACACAGAUCUU